AUGGCUUACCCGAAGUCCACCAAUCCAUUUGCAGAUGAUGAAGACGAUGAAGAUUUCCGGCCUAAAAAAGACCGGGGAUUUGACGACGAUGACUUCGGCGACAGCAGAUUGAGUGAAGCAGAGAGACGACAGCAGCGCCUCGAGCAGGAAGUGAUGCGCACCGCGAAAUCCGCCGUGGACAGCACCUACCGGUCGAUCGGCCUCAUCUACGAGUCUGAGAAGAUGGGCAUCGACACCGCAGAGGAGCUUGUGCGUCAGGGGGAAGUGUUGAAGCGCUCGGACAAGAUGCUGGACAACAUGGACCAGGACUUAAAUACCAGUCAGAAGUCCAUCAACACCAUCAAGAGUGUUUGGGGUGGACUCGUCAACUACUUUAAAAAACCAGAGACCAAACCUCCUCCUGAAGAACCCAAACCCUACCAGGCCAGCGACAGAUUGCAGACCGCCUUAUCCAACAGCAGAGGAAAUGAAGAGAAAUACCAAGCCAGCCACCCCAACCUGAGGAAGCUGGAGACUGAAGGGUUCGGAGCUGCUGCUUCCAAUGACGGUUCGUACGGACAAAACGGAUAUUCUAAAAACAGAGUCCUCCGAGACGCUCACCAAACCCUAGACAACAAUCUCGAUGACAUGUCGGUCGGUCUCCAAAGGCUCAAAAGUCUGGGUCUGGGUCUGCAGUCUGAAAUCGACAACCAAGACGCCUCCAUCGAUUCUCUGAUGAACAAGGUCGACAAGAUGGACUCGAGAAUCCACAACAUGGACCAACAGAUGAAAAGACUGAAGUGA